UUUUCGUUCUUUCCAUCCCAUCGUCUCUCUCUUCUCUGAAUCUCCGUACAACCACAUUUUGAUUGGGAUUACAGUUAGUUUUUUUUUCUUCUUUCUCUUCUGUAAUUUGGGAUUGAGAUGGGGCAGCAAUCUCUGAUCUACAGCUUCGUCGCUCGAGGCUCUGUGAUUCUCGCCGAGUACACAGAGUUCACUGGAAAUUUCACCACCAUCGCCGCUCAAUGCCUCCAGAAGCUUCCUUCCUCCAACAACAAGUUCACCUACAAUUGCGAUGGCCACACCUUCAAUUACCUCGUCGAAAACGGCUUCACCUACUGUGUAGUUGCUGCUGAAUCUGCUGGGAGGCAAAUUCCAAUUGCCUACCUGGAGAGAAUCAAGGAUGAUUUCAACAAAAGAUAUGGUGGUGGGAAAGCUGCGACUGCUGUUGCCAAUGGACUGAACAGAGAGUUUGGACCCAAACUGAAGGACCACAUGAAGUACUGUGUUGAUCACCCUGAAGAGAUCAACAAGCUUGCAAAAGUGAAGGCUCAGGUUACUGAGGUCAAGGGUGUUAUGAUGGAAAAUAUUGAGAAGGUUCUUGAUCGCGGAGAGAAGAUUGAGCUGUUGGUGGAUAAAACUGAUAAUCUUCGCUCCCAGGCCCAAGAUUUCAGGACACAGGGAACAAAAAUGAAAAGAAAGAUGUGGUUUCAGAACAUGAAGAUGAAACUGAUUGUCGUGGGGAUCCUCAUUCUCAUAGCCCUCAUGAUAUAUUUAACUAUUUGCCGUGGUUUCAAGUGUACCUAAGUCGCUUUGGAAUGUCUCUGGAAACUUUUCAGAUGUCAUGCGGCUUUCAAGGUCUUGGUAAAUUGCUCAAACUCUUGGAGUUCUUUACCUUCCUAGGUUAUACCCGUCCUCUUUUGCUAGCCAUUUUAGGACGGGGGCGGUUUUGUAUUUCGCAUUGGUUGUAUAGUUUAUAUAUAUUUACCUUGUCUAGGUAGUUAAAUCACUAUAUGUUCUCCACCAUGUGCAAUGGAUCCUUAGCUUAAGUUAUGUAAUGGAGGAAUACUUGGAUGCUUGUAAAUCAGCAUUCCUUUUGGAAUGCUAUUGAAAUCUAUCCCCUUAUUUGCUUCCGUAUGAA